AUGCUCCGCCUGGAGAUCUUCAAGUGCCUUCUUCGUCGCCUCCACCGCCUGAGGCCCCGGUGCCGCCUAGAACCCUCGUCGUUGUCUCCCUACGGAGGCGACGUCGAGGCCAUCAAGGCCAUGAUCAUCUCGCACCCACACUACUACUCGCUCCUCACUGCCUACCUCGAGUGCAACAAGGUGGGGGCACCGCUGGAGGUGUCGGCAAGGCUGAUAGAGAUAGCGCAGGAGGUGGAGGCGUGGCAGCGCUCGGCGCUCGGCGGCCUGGCCGCUGCGACAGAGCCGGAGCUAGACCGAUUCGUGGAGGCAUACCACGAGAUGCUGGUGAAGUUCAGGGAGGAGCUGACGAGGCCGCUACAGGAGGCGAUGGAGUUCAUGCGAAGGGUGGAGUCGCAGCUCAACUCGCUUUCCAUCUCUGGAAGGUCGCUAUGCAACAUCCUUUCAUCUGAGCACUGGCGAAAGAGCGCCACCCCCACGAAUAUCUCGCAGAGGUGGCUGAAGAUGGCCACCUAG